UCUCCUCCAUAGCAUCUCACCUCACUCCUUUCUUCUCCUGUUUGGCCUGUUAACCUUUCACAAAGCUUGUCAUUAUUCUCAGGGGGCAACCAUGGCCUCAAUUCUCACCUUCUCUUGCCUACUAUCUCUCUUCUUCUUCUUCCCUAUAUUCUCAAGCUCACAGAGUACCUUCACUUGCUCGCGAGCAACCUACUAUGGUAGCCCGGAUUGCUCGGGCACUCCAAGAGGAGCAUGCGGGUAUGGUGAGCUUGGUAGAAGCCUUAAUGGCGGCGAUGUCGGGGCUGUUUCUAGGCUGUAUCGAAAUGGCACGGGCUGCGGUGCAUGCUACCAAGUGAGGUGCACCCAUCCACAAUUCUGCAACGAGGAUGGUGCAAAGAUUGUGGUCACUGACUAUGGUCAGGGGGAUAACACUGACUUCAUCCUCAGUGCCAGGGGGUUUGUUAAGCUUGCAAGAUCAAACAUGGCUAAUGAACUGAUGGCUUUUGGUGUGAUAGACGUCGAGUACAGGAGGAUCCCAUGUCAAUACCCAGGAUACAAUAUGAUGGUUAAGGUCACAGAACACAGCAAGUUCCCUGACUACUUGGCCCUCAUCAUCAUCUAUCAAGCAGGCCAGAAGGACAUAUUGGCCGUCGAAUUGUGGCAGGAGGAAUGCCAGGAAUGGAAGGGGAUGCGCAAAGCCUAUGGUGGAGUUUGGGACAUGGCGAAUCCUCCAAGGGGCCCAAUGAAUGCGAGAAUUUUAACAGGUGAUGACAGUGGGCAAAAUUGGGUCCAGUUGAACGGUGUUAUCCCUUCAGGUUGGAAGGCAGGGGUGGCGUAUGACACGGCCAUUCAGCUAGACUAGGACUCUCCAAUGAUUCCUAGAUAUCAUGGGAAAGACCAGACCCACUUAUAAAUUGAUCAUUAGCAAUUAAAAAAGUUGGUACUUGGGGUGUGUGACUGCUUUUUGGCUUGAUGCCUUUAUGUAUGUGCAAUAAGAAUGGUGAUUCCAUGCUUUGUUUGGUUUAGAUGAAUAUAUAAUAAAAAGGAACUUUCUGUUUAGAU